AUGACAGAUGACUACUUGUGGUUUGAAGGGUUACCUUUCCAUGUUCUUGGUUUCAGCUAUGAAGUUAUAAAAGAAGUGUGUGCUCAGUUUGUGAUAAAGGAUGAAGAUACAGUAAUGGUGUCUUUCCCAAAGUCAGGAACCCACUGGUUGGUUGAAAUUCUCUGCCUGAUUCACUCCAAAGGUGAUACCAAGUGGAUUCAAUCUGUGCCCAUCUGGGAACGGGCACCCUGGUUAGAGUCAGAUGGGGGAUACAAAUUGUUAAAGGAGAGAGAGGGCCCACGGCUCCUGGCCUCUCACCUCCCCUUCCAUCUCUUCCCCAAGUCUUUAUUCACUUCCAAGGCCAAGGUGAUAUAUAUCAUGAGAAAUCCCAAAGAUAUUCUUGUGUCAGGUUAUUAUUUUUAUACUAUGACAAACAUUUCUAAGAAACCAGAGUCACUGGAACAAUAUUUUCAAUGGUUCAUCCAAGGAAACGUGUCCUAUGGAUCAUGGUUCGAGCACAUUCGUGGCUGGAUGUCCAUGAGAGACAGGGAGAACGUCCUGCUGCUGAGUUAUGAAGAGCUGCAGAAGGACCCAAGAAGCACCAUAGAGAAGAUCUGUCAGUUCCUGGGAAAGAAGUUAAAUCCAGAGGAACUGGACUCAGUCCUCAAGAAUUGCUCCUUCCAAGUCAUGAAACAAAACAAGAUGUCCAAUCUUGAAAUAUUGCCUGAAGAAUUCUCUUCUAGGCAUUUCAAACUUACAAGAAAAGGCAUCUGUGGGGACUGGAAGAAUCACCUCACAGUGGCCCAAGCUGAAGCCUUGGAUAAAGUUUACCAGGAGAAGAUGGCAGGUUUCCCCAAAGAGCUGUUCCCAUGGGAGUAAUGUCCAA